UUUAACCGCGCUGUGUCGGGCUGACUCUUAUUUUGAAAAGCGCGGACUCGGAUGUGUGUAGCGCAUGUUCCGGUAGAUAAGCGAGGGUCUGUCAGCCCGUCGGUUCAGUCUCCGUUGUUACCGGACAGAUCAGGAUGUCUUCAGACCCGUGCUCCUUCUCCUCCUUCACCAGGUGUGCUACCAAACACCUGAACCUGUCCCUGCACGUGGACUUCGACAGACACGUGAUCAAGGCCAAGGUGGAGCUGACCGUGGAGGCUCUGGAGGACCGUUUCUCUGCUCUGACUUUGGACACCAGAGACCUGAAGAUCGUCUCGGUGAGAGCGAAUGGACAAACGGCGCGCUUUACUAUGGGCCCCAAACACAGCUUCAAGGGGACGCCUCUGGACAUCACGCUGCCCUUUGACCUCUCCAGAGGUCAGCACGUGAUCGUGGAGGUGACCUAUGAGACGUCUCCGUCUGCCUCGGCUCUGCAGUGGCUCUCACCCGAACAGACUGCUGGGAAGAAACAACCGUACCUGUUCAGCCAGUGUCAGGCUAAUCACUGCAGGAGUAUGGUUCCCUGUCAGGACAGUCCGUCUGUCAAACACACCUACUACGCUCAGGUAUCUGUACCUAAGGACCUGGUGGCUGUGAUGAGUGCAGUGAGAGACGGACAGGAAGUCCAUCCUCAGGACAACAACCGCAUCGUCUACAGGUUCAGACAGCCGGUGCCCAUGCCUUCUUACCUGAUAGCCAUCGUGGUUGGAGCUCUGGAGAGCAGGGAGAUCGGGCCGAGGUCAAGAGUCUGGUCUGAGAAGGAGUUUGUGGAUAAAGCAGCGUUUGAGUUCUCUGAGACGGAGACCAUGUUGAAGACGGCGGAGGACCUGGCAGGACCGUAUGUCUGGGGUCAGUACGACAUCCUGGUCCUUCCUCCAUCUUUCCCCUACGGAGGAAUGGAGAACCCCUGCCUGACCUUUGCCACCCCCACCCUGCUG